AUGACGCGCCUGUGGUGGUGGCUCGCCUUCCCGCUGGCCACGGCGGCCAUGUCGGGCCCGGCCAGGAUGCGGGAGCUGGUGCGGAGCGUCCAGGCUCCACUGGAGCUGCGCGCGGCGGGCUCCGGCGCCGAGCCGCUCCGGUGUUUCCAGGUGACGAGCCCGGUCCUGGGACCCGACGGUCUCCUCGUUGGCGACCAGACGGUGGGCCGCCCGCCCAAGCAAUACCGCUCUUGUCUGGUGCGCCUCGUCGAGCACGUCUUUGCCAACAGCUACGGCAAACCCUAUGUCGGAACAUACACACCCCCGGACUGCAAGUUUGGCCGAGUCAUCUUCAACUUGACCGUCGUCUCCGAGGGCCGGCAAUAUGACCGCCUGGCCACCCUAUGGGCUGGCGACGUCGAGGUCUGGCGCACCUCGACGGCCGAGCCGAAGCAGCACCCGGGCAUCGUCUGGACCCAUAUCAAGGACAUGACCGCCUACGUCUCGCUGUGGAAGGAGCCUCAGAGCAUCAUCUUCGACCUCGGCAACCUCGUCAACGAGCGCUACACGGGCUCCUACAACGUCACCAUCACCGCCACCUUCUUCAACGAGAUCGACCUCCCCGGGCCCGGCGGCCCCCCCGCCGACCGCGUCAUCCCCGUCUCGGCUCGCAAGAGCCAGCAUGAUCUCGGCAGCGCCUGGGUCUACCCGGAAGAACGGGCCGAGGACCAGGUCGAGAUGCCGCGCAACAUCCGCCGCGCCGUCUUGUCCGUCGCCGCCACCGGCCAGGCCGCCGAGGAGUUUUGGUGGUCCAACGUGCCCCAGCAGGUCGCCGACGACUUGGCAGACGUCAGCCUUCCGGGCCUUGGCAGCUUCCGCGAAGUCCGCGUCCGCAUCGACGACAAGCUGGUCGGCCUAACCUGGCCUUUCCCCGUCAUCUUCACCGGCGGCAUUGCGCCGCCCCUGCACCGCCCGCUCGUCGGCCUCCAAGCCUUCGACCUUGGCGAGCAUGAAGUCGAUAUCACCCCCUGGCUGGGCCUCAUCUGCGACGGCAAGCCUCACAACAUCAGCCUCGAGGUUGUCGCCGAGCACAACACCCGUGCGCCCUCGAACUGGGUCCUCUCCGCCAAGGUCUUUGUCUGGCUCAGCAGACCCGGCUCCGUGUCGGGCGGCGAGCUGCCUCGCGUCAAUGUCUCGACGCCCUCAUACAAUCUCUAUCUCAGCACCGAGCCCGACAAGCGCAUCAGAUACCGCCAGUCCGCCAACCGCAGCUUCUACGCCAGGGGAAACGUUCGCAUCGACAACGUCAGGGUCUUGUCCGAAUGGCGCCAGCUCUUCUUCAUGGACAACGCAGGCUACGUCGGCGGUGGCGGCGACUACCAGAGGAUCAAUGCCUCGUACGGCGGUACAGACAGCACCGACGUCGAUCGCAUCCCUCUCUACCAGCGCAACUACCGUUACCCGGUGUUGACGUCCUAUCUGACCAGAAGGCCCCGCAGCGGCCCAUAUAGCAUGACGCUCGACGCGAACCUCACCCAGGGGGUGGCGCACACAAUCCUCGGCGAGUCGGCCUUCCCCACUGGGCUUGAGCCCUUCAUGUACAAGAUGCACGAACAGAAGCGUGGGGUCGAGCUGCUGACGACGCGCCACGGCCGGGCCUUUUACUACCAGCGCAACGACGGCGAUAGCAGCGGCGGCUUCGCCAACCUGGACCAGGAGUACGCCUUGGGCGGCCGUGGCUUCACAGAUGGCGAGGGGCUUGAGUUCCACGGGAACCCGGUGCUGUACAAGCACAACGUGAGCGUUGUCAACGAGACGGUCGUGCAGGACAAACAAUUCGUCUACAAGCCCGACGUGGACCUGCCCGAACGUGGCAGCGGCAGCUCGCGCUUCGUCGUCGAGGACUACAGCGACCAGUACGCGCCCGUCAUGGCCGAUGGGCUCCGGGGCGGAUCGGCCAGCUUCUCGGCAAAGCACUUCGGCCUCGAACCGGCCCCUGCAUGGCCCCCGAUCAAAGAGGUCAAGUCUUCAGGGAACUGGAAGAAGCCCAAGAAGAAGAAGCCCAAGCCGAUGUUCGACGAUGAACCAGAGGAUGAGUCGCCCAUGCAGAAGCCCGAGAGGAAAAACUAG